AUGGCUGCGAAAUUAUUAUCACUCCUCCUCCUUAUUGCUGCUGUAGUGACAGCAGAUGAAGAAGCAUCAGUUGCAAGAUUGUUAGUAUCCAAACAAGUACUAAACAAAUAUUUGGUAGAGAAUUUGGAUAUUCUCGUGAAGUACACACUCUACAACGUCGGAACUGCUCCUGCGGUAGACGUUAAGCUUGUGGAUAACGGUUUCCAUCCUGAAGUGUUUGCAGUUGUUGGUGGACAACUCACUGCACAUAUAGACAGGAUACCCCCCCAAACUAAUGUGUCGCAUGUAGUCACUGUGAGAUCAAACAGAUAUGGCUACUUCAACUUUACUGCUGCAGAGGUUACAUACAAGUCUAGUGAAGAUGCUACUGAGGUACAAUACUCUAUAAGCAGUGCUCCAGGCGAAGGCUUGAUCGUUGCAUUUAAAGACUAUGAUCGCAAGUUCUCUUCACACAUUAUGGAUUGGGUUGCAUUUGCCGUUAUGACUUUACCGUCACUUGCCAUUCCCUUUGGACUGUGGUACUCCUCAAAGAGCAAAUAUGAAAAACUCGCUAAGCCCAAGAAGACACAUUAG